GUUUGGACCGUGGAUUCUUCCAACGUUGUAAGGAUCUCAAAGGGACUCUGGCUGCUGUGCAACAAGACCUGCUAUCAGCUGCCAGUUACCAGUAGUGAUGAGUCUUCCCUCAAAGUUGUGCAAGCCUUUAUGAUCCUGUCAAUCAUUUUCUCUGUCGUGGGACUCGUCCUGUUCAUUGUCCAGCUGUUUACCCUGGAAAAAGGCAAACGUUUCUACAUGACCGGAGCUGUCAUGCUGGUUUGCUGGUUGUGCAUUCUGAUUGCAGUCUCUGUUUAUACAGCUCGAUUCACAGGCAGGAUGCAAUUCUUCCCAAGUCCUCACCAUGGCUACUGCUUCAUCUUGGCCUGGAUCUGCUUUUGCUUCAGUUUCGUCAUUGGCAUCCUCUACCUUGUUCUUAGGAAAAAAUAA